GUGAACAAUGUGUGAAGCAGCAGAAGCGGUGAGAAGCAGGUUAUGGUACAGAUCAAGUAAGGUUUAGAACACGUGGUUUUCUGGAAAGGAUAAUAAAAAUACUGUGUUUCCAAAGAAACAAUAAUUAAAAAAGUAAAAUAAAAAACGUGUUUCUAAUAUCAAUUUCAAAAUGUCUUUCAAUUAUAACUUCAAGAAAAUUGCUGUUAUUCCAACAGCAAAGGAUUUUAUCGAUAUAAUUUUAUCGAAGACACAACGCAAGACACCUACAGUUAUUCACAAACAGUAUAAAAUAGCGAGAAUACGUGCGUUUUACAUGCGAAAAAUCAAAUUCACGCAGCAGAAUUUUCAUGAUAGAUUGUCCCAUAUAAUACAAGAUUUUCCUAAACUGGAUGACGUUCAUCCAUUUUAUGCAGAUUUAAUAAAUGUUUUGUAUGAUAGAGAUCACUUUAAGUUAGCUCUUGGACAGCUAAAUACCGCUAGGCAUUUGAUUGACACUGUAGCAAAAGACUACGUCCGUUUGUUAAAAUAUGGAGAUUCUUUAUAUCGUUGUAAACAGUUGAAGAAAGCUGCUUUAGGCCGAAUGGCUACUAUUAUAAAAAGGCAAGGGGCCAAUUUAACAUAUCUUGAACAAGUUCGCCAACAUCUGGCUCGAUUACCAAGUAUAGAUCCUUACACACGUACGAUAAUUCUUUGUGGGUUUCCGAAUGUUGGCAAGAGCAGUUUUAUGAACAAAAUUACUCGAGCUGAUGUAGAUGUUCAACCGUAUGCAUUCACAACAAAAUCCUUGUAUGUUGGGCAUACUGAUUAUAAAUAUUUGAGAUUUCAAGUGAUUGACACACCUGGAUUAUUAGAUCAGCCAUUGGAACAGAGAAAUGUUAUAGAAAUGCAGGCGAUAACGGCUCUCGCUCAUUUGCAAGCUGCUGUACUUUAUUUCUUUGACUUAUCAGAGCAAUGUAAUUUUACUCUGAUGGAACAAAUGAAGUUACUUGAAUCCAUAAAGCCUUUGUUUGUGAACAAGCCUUUGUUACUAGUAAUGAACAAAGCAGAUAUCCUACGUAUGGAAGAGUUACCUCCACACAAAAGAGAUAUGCUGAAAAAUAAUAAUCUACCUAAAUAUGAAAUGAGUACGCUCACUGAUUUUGGCGUGAUGGAAAUAAAAGAGGCGGUUUGCGAGCGACUUUUAGCUUUCCGAAUAGAUAACAAAAUAAAAACAAAAAAAGUGGAAGGUCUUCUUAAUCGGUUGCACAUUGCUCAACCACAAUAUGUUGAUCCAAAUCGUGUUCCAUGUAUACCGGAAAGUGUGCGGAACAAGAAAUUAUUGGCUGCAAAAAAAAGAACAAAGAUGAACACGGAAAUACUAGAACAAAAAUGUGAAAGAAGUUGGAAGUUAGAGAGACAAAUAGAGGAAGAAAUGGGAGAUGAUUAUGUGCUUGAUUUGAAGAAGCACUAUGAUAUUGAGAGUGAGCAGAAAUAUGACUGCAUACCCGAAAUUUGGGAAGGUCAUAAUGUAGCUGAUUACAUAGACCCAGAUAUAUUCAACAAAUUGACUGAACUGGAAAAGGAAGAGCAAUUGAGAGAAGAGGCUGGUAUGUACGAUUACAAGAUGCCCGAGUUAUCGGAGACAAUGCGCGAGAUCGAACAGCUUGCGAAACAAAUUCGUGACAAGAAGACCAUCAUGAAGGAUGAGGCACGAAUAACAAAAGCUUCCACAAAGCCGGUUAUGCCACGUACAGCCGCGGCCAAGUUACGCGAUCGAUCAGUCACAAAGUUGAAGGAACAGAUGGAAGACCUGGGUGUGGAUAUGGAAGCUACCGAAAAUGCGCACUACAAACGAACAAGAACACGAUCCAGAUCCCGCUCCGAACCCGCUAAAAAACGUAUGCGUGUGGAAUCAUUAUCACAAUCUCGCGCCCGUAGUGUCUCGAGACCACCACGAGAUGAAAUGGGUGUAAAAAAUACAGUGAUGAAGAAGAAAUUGAAAAAUAUAGCACACAAAGCACUGAAGAAGAAGGUGGCUAAAAAAGGUCUCAAAGGCGAAGCUGAUCGUUUCAUCGGCAAUAAGAUGCCGAAGCACUUGUUCUCCGGAAAAAGGGGAACCGGCAAGACAGAUAGAAGAUAAAAUUUCUAUAUUCUGUACAUUUUACUCAUUACAUAUUAAGUAUGUAUAAUAAUUUUGUCUAAAUAAAAUUUGUUUGAAUAAAA